AUGCCUGGCCGCACCCUCCCGACCAUUCCAACCGCUGAAGUGCGCGCCCACAACACCGACAAGUCGUGCUACGUUACCAUUGGCACAAAAGUCUACGAUGUCACAGACUUCCUUGACGGCCACCCUGGUGGUCCCGAGCUCAUUCUCGACUAUGCGGGCAAGGACGUUGAGGCUAUCCUGAAAGAUGAAAUUUCCCACGCACAUUCCGACUCGGCAUACGAGAUUCUCGAGGAGAACCUCGUCGGCUUCAUGGCUACCGAGUCGGUGAUCAAUGGUGCAGUGAAGAGCUCAAAGCCUGCCGACAUCAUUCCCUUGCCUCCUUCGCAAGCUGGCACACAAGAGCUCAAGGCCAUGUCGCAGGAUGGCAAACCGCUGUAUGCGGCGACUGGAAUGUCUUCUGAGGACGACUUGUCAAGAGAGACGGACCCCAACAAAGACUACAAGGAACACAAGUUUUUGGACCUCAACAAGCCACUCUUCAUGCAAGUCUGGAAUGGCGGAUUCAGCAAGCAAUUUUAUCUCGAGCAAGUCCACCGACCGCGGCACUACAAAGGCGGCGAUUCCGCUCCGCUGUUUGGCAACUUUCUUGAGCCUUUGAGCAAGACGCCCUGGUGGGUUGUUCCCACAAUAUGGUGGCCCUGUGUAGCGUAUGGAACAGCAGUGGCUUAUGGCGGGCUACGAUCGGUACCUGAACUGGCGGGCUACUGGGUCUUUGGCUUGUGUUUCUGGACAAUCAUCGAGUAUGUUUUGCACAGGGGACUGUUCCACUUGGAUGACCACCUUCCAGACAAUCGUGUUGCAAUUACCCUCCACUUCAUCCUCCACGGUAUCCACCACUACCUUCCCAUGGACAAGUACCGCCUUGUUAUGCCCCCUACGCUGUUUACUGCUCUAGCAACGCCAUUCUGGUCUGUCGCGCAUGGUAUUAUUUUCUGGAACUGGCAUGCUGCUGUGGCUGCCUUCUGCGGUGGUGUCUUUGGAUACACAUGUUACGACAUGACGCACUACUUUCUCCAUCACCAAAAGCUUCCUUCCUACUACCAGCAGCUCAAGAAGUAUCAUCUGAAGCACCACUUCGCCGACUACCAAAACGGCUUUGGUGUGACAAGCCGUUUCUGGGACUGGGUGUUUGGCACCGAACUCGACAUGGGUCCUACCAAGGUCGUCAAGACUAACUAA